CGCUCGCUCCCGCUCCCCGGACGCGGCGGCGGAGCCGGGCCCCGCUGGGGAAGGGCUCGGGGCGGCGGCGGGCGGCCCGGAGGAGGCUGCGUGCUCGGGGCUGGGGCUGCGAGCGGGGUGACUGUGUAUUAAAAUGAGGAGGAGGAAGAAGAGGCAGCCACAGCGGCGGCGGCGGCGGCAGCAGCAGCAGCGGCGGCAGCAGCGGCGCGGAGGGCUGCAGCCCGGGCGGACGCGCGGAGCCGAGCGGGGCGCGGCGGCGGCCACCGCGGCCGGGAGGAGCCGCCUCCGAAUUUGAUGGGGGCAGCGCCGGCGGCGAGGGGCACAGCGGAGCGGCCCCGGCCGGGCACCGGCGCCCGCCCGCACGCACACGCACCGCCGCGCGCGCGCCGCUCCCGGGGCCACCCGGCGACCGCCGGCCUCGUCGCCACGGCCGCGGCCGCCCUCUAGCCCGCCCGGGGACCCGGGCGACUCCGGGGGGGGGGCGCCUCCCACCCCCCCGCCCCCGCUUUCUGGAAACUCCUGCUCAGUUUUGUCGGGGUUUCUGGCUUCCUGCUCCCCCAAGUCCCAGUGCCAUUGUGGGGCUCGUUGUUUACCUCGGACUCCGGCUGAGUGAGAGCUCGGCGACUUUUUGGGGGAGGGGGCGGGGAGUCGGUGGCGGCCGAGGCGGCUGGGGUGCCUUCCGAUCCCCCCCCCCAGCCCUCUUUCUCUGCCUCACUCUCUCGGCUCCCUAGACGCUCGCAGCCCCGCGUCCAUGGGCAGGGAGGGGGUCCUGGGGGCUGUCGUCAGCGAGGGCCGACUCCAAAGUGGCAUUUUAGUGCCUUGCCGGGGCUUUUUCCGCGACCUCCUGCCCCCCACCCUCGCGGCCCCCCGGUCGAUGCCCCGAUUGGGGGCGCGAGGCAGUGGGAAGAAAGUUUAAGGUUUGUUAAUAUCAGGCGCAAUUGUUGGGGAGGGGGCGGGGGCGAUCGGCGGGGAGGUGAGCCGGCCUCCCCCGCCCUGUGUUCUCCGGGGUGGCUGGAGAAUAAUAUUGCAAGUGACAGCCAGAAGUAGACUUUCUGUCCUCACACCGAAGAGCCCCAGCCAGCAGGAGGGAGGGAGGGAAGCGAGGGGACCUUUCUUGCCUUUCUGGAGACCUUGUCCGCACUGAUUUUUUGUUUGUUUUUUGUUUUUUUCUUUUCAAGAGAAUUCCCAGUUUCCACCUCGCCUCCCCAGCACCGCCACAGUGUACUUGCUCUUAACGGGUUUUGCUUUGUUUUUACGAUUUCCCCCCGCAACGAAUCACUUGUCAGAUCAAUUUUAUCUUCUCCCUCCUCCCACUCUCCCCUCCUCCCCCAUCGAAAACCCCGUUCUCUGAGGUUAGACAUUUUACAAACCAUAUAUGUUGUUUUUCGAAUUGUGAUUUUUUUUUUUUUUAACCCCUCUCUCCCAUGGCUACUCUUCCAGACGUUUAUCUGCCCUUCCCCCGCUUAGGGGGGCGGGGGUAAGGGAAGAGAAAAUAAUACAAUUUCAGGGGAAGUCGCCUUCAGGUCUGCUGCUUUUCUUUCUUUCUUUUUUUUUUUUUUAAUUAAAAAAAAAAAAGGACAUAGAAAACAUCAUUCUUGAACUUCUCUUCAAGAACCCGGGCUGCAAAGGAAAUCUCCUUUGUUUUUGUUAUUUAUAUGCUGUCAAGUUUUGAAGUGGUGAGUUUCAGGUCGGUUUUGCUAAUUUCACUCAGUAAAACUGCAGUGUUUCUGUUUCUAGAUAGUACUUUGCUUCUUUGUCUCUUUAAAAGGUCACAGUGAAAGCUUGGCCUGGAUCGUGCCGGCCAUAUGGAAUGGAUAAGGGCACCAUCUCUUAAAAUGUGGUUAUGGGGUUCUGUGGGGGCGAGGGAGGCCAUCCAGCGCGGAACUCGUUGAAAAGGCUCCCACACUGCAAAAAAUAGGUUCUUGAAACCGGAAUUUCGGGCUUUGCUUUUUCUUUUUAAAGGAAGUAAUUGCUGUGUCUGAGUUCACUGUUUAAUUCGUUAGUUAUCAUAUAUGGACUUCGUUUAUGGACAGGGAAAUGGGGUUUUGAGAAAGUAGCCUGUUUUCAAUGUGCCAGCCAGACGUUACAGUAAAAUGGGUUUUUUAAAUGUGUGACUCAAAAGAAACUCUUUAGCCUGGCAUCUGUUGAGACCGUAGUUAGUUCCCGUGCUGUCAGUCCAGCAGGCCCCAAGGAGCUUGCUCUUUGCAAUUCCAAACUCAGGUCUGGUGAACUUUAGCCUUGGGCAUAGAGUUUAAAUGAGUAAAUUGGGUGUUUUAUGUGCAUGUAAUUUUGCUUUAUAAUGUAAAGCUUUUUACAAGAUGACUGAGUGUUUAAUAGCUGCUUGUAGGUGGGUAUUCAUUCGAAGGACAAUUUUGCAUGACCUGUAUGAUGUUUUGAUUGUCAGUACAUUAACUAAAUUAUCAUCUAUCACUUUACAGUUUAUAAUGCUGUUAAGCCUCCUGACUACUUAAUAUGUUUUGUAGCAUGAACUUUGAUGCUGUCUUCUACCCCCCCCCCUUUUUUUCCCUCUUAAAUUGCCCCACGGGUUAAGUAUUUUCAAACCAUGUGUUUUAAAAUUCAUCUUCUGCUUUAGGGUAAGGCAGCCAAUUUCAGGAAAAGCAGCUCUGUGUUAUAACCCACAUGAUGCCUUAUAAAGAGUGUUUUGAAUAAGUUAAUAAUCACCACUAAUUUUGGCUUUAGACUACAGUUUAAUAUAAUGGAAAAGGGUGAUCUUGAUAAAAAGUGGUUAAAAGAGGCACAUUUAUUGUUAAUGAACCUCAUAACCAAAAACAGAUGGGACCUCGAUCAACGGGAAACCUUUGGUCUCAGUGUGCCACCCCGGAGUACAAGGAUAAAUAGCCAUUCUUUCUCUAACUUUAUAGUUCUUCAACUGUCAUUCUUAAGGUUGCUUUUAAACCUAGAGGUGAUCAUUGCUCCCCCCUCCCAGUCACCUAUUCCCAUGAUUAUAAGGGACAAAGUAAUCUACAGUUAAACAGAGGGAAGAAAAUGCUUGCAGAAAGGCUCUGCUAAUAAUGCAAGCUGGCUUUCAAUUCUGGAUCUGAAUAGCUUUUUCGGUAUAAAUAUAUAUAUUUAUAUUUAAGUGCAAGAUACGUCAGAUUACCAGACAGCUGGAGGAAAGUGAUAAUUAUCCUAUUCUCUCUGGUUUUUCUAAAUGUGAUCCCCUCUCCCUUAGUAGGGGUGAACUUGAUACUUCAAGUACCAUGAAAGUUCAUAAAAUAAUUCUACUCACCUGUUCUUAACAAUGCUAGUUAAAACUGUAUUUGAGAAGUGACUUUGAUAAUGUACUAAUUACUUAUUAUUAUAAACAGUAUGAAAAUUGAUGUCCAGUGUAUAAUUCAACUGAAAAUAAUUAUCUGUUAUUUUUCCUGGAGGUAAUUGAGAUGUUGACUUCAUUGCAUGCUGAGAUUAUUUUUGAACACUGGCACUUGUGUUUUACCAAAAUUAUCAAUAUUUUUUUUCAAAGUGAGUUUAGCACUUCAAUCUAAUGUAUGUAUUACAAAAUAUUUUCCAAAUUUUUGCGAUUUAAAUUAACACCAUUCUAUUACUAAAGGACCCCUAAAUAUUAACUCUUGAGAGAUGUGAGGUGUAAUAGUUCAGUACCGGGGCUAUUUGAAGAAAUCCUCCACUUCUGUCUAUUUGCUUAGGGGUGGAAUGAUCCAAUCCCAUGUUUGAGCCAAGACUUAACGAAAUCUUUAAAGCAGGUCAUGUAACUCUUGAUACUUGGAUAUAGAAAACUUUUUCUGCAAAUUAACUGUAAAGCCAAAAGAGUUUAAAAAGCAGAUGUUUGCUACCUUCUUUUGAGGUGGUAUAUAUGUAUAUUUUUUUCUUCAUAAGCAUUAAACUGUAUAUAAAAAUAUAAGCAAAGACAUCAGAUCUAACAUUUUGGACUGUGAUCAUCUUUCCAUCUUUGAAGUAUUGUUAUUAUGUUUCUAAUUUUUAAACAUUGGGACUACAUAAAUACAAUUUGUUAUGUUCUCUUUAGCUAUGUUGGUAGUAAUUCUUGUUCUAAAAGUAAGCCCGUUUCCCCCCCCACUUAGUUUUGCUGGUAGGUGACAAAUUACCUUUUUGUUCAUGUGUGUUGGUACAAUUUCCACAAAUUAUUCUGUUAACUUGAAUGCAAAUAUAAUGCUGUGAUCUAGAAAUAGAGUAGCCUCUCCAUUAUAUGUCUAGUUAAGCAAUCUUAUAGAUACAUUAUAUUUGUGGAGAGAAAUAUCCAGAGAUAAAACAUUUACAUGGUGUUAUAUACAGAGAGAGAGAGAGAGAUGUGGAGACCCCCACCCAAUUAUAACAUGUCUUCUUCUUUUUAAAUUCUGGCAGGUGAUCUUUAGAGAGUAACUGAGUAUGGAUCAUUUGAACGAGGCAACUCAGGGGAAAGAACAUUCAGAAAUGUCUAAUAAUGUGAGCGAUCCGAAGGGUCCACCAGCCAAGAUUGCCCGCCUGGAGCAGAACGGGAGUCCGCUAGGAAGAGGAAGGCUUGGGAGCACAGGUGCAAAAAUGCAGGGAGUGCCUUUAAAACACUCGGGCCAUCUGAUGAAAAGCAACCUUAGAAAAGGAACCAUGCUACCGGUUUUCUGUGUGGUGGAACAUUAUGAAAACGCCAUUGAGUACGAUUGCAAGGAGGAGCACGCAGAGUUUGUGUUGGUGAGGAAAGAUAUGCUUUUCAACCAGCUGAUAGAAAUGGCCUUGCUGUCUCUGGGUUAUUCGCAUAGCUCUGCUGCCCAGGCCAAAGGACUAAUCCAAGUUGGAAAGUGGAAUCCAGUACCACUGUCUUAUGUGACAGAUGCCCCUGAUGCUACGGUAGCAGAUAUGCUUCAAGACGUGUAUCAUGUGGUCACAUUGAAAAUUCAGUUACACAGUUGCCCCAAACUAGAAGACCUGCCUCCCGAACAGUGGUCGCACACCACCGUGAGGAACGCACUGAAGGACUUACUGAAGGAUAUGAAUCAGAGUUCCUUGGCCAAGGAGUGCCCCCUCUCCCAGAGUAUGAUUUCUUCCAUUGUGAACAGCACUUACUAUGCAAAUGUCUCAGCAGCAAAAUGUCAAGAAUUUGGAAGGUGGUACAAACAUUUCAAGAAGACAAAAGAUAUGAUGGUGGAAAUGGAUAGUCUCUCCGAACUGUCGCAGCAAGGUGCCAACCACGUCAGCUUUGGCCAGCAGCCGGUCCCAGGGAACACCGCGGAGCAGCCCCCGUCCCCCGCGCAGCUCUCUCACGGCAGCCAGCCCUCUGUCCGGACCCCUCUUCCCAACCUGCACCCUGGGCUCGUGUCCACGCCCAUCAGUCCUCAAUUGGUCAACCAGCAGCUGGUGAUGGCUCAGCUGCUGAACCAGCAGUAUGCAGUGAACAGACUUCUAGCCCAGCAGUCCUUAAACCAACAGUACUUGAACCACCCUCCCCCUGUCAGUAGAUCCAUGAAUAAGCCUUUGGAGCAACAGGUUUCCACCAACACAGAGGUGUCUUCCGAAAUCUACCAGUGGGUACGUGAUGAACUGAAACGGGCAGGAAUCUCCCAGGCAGUAUUUGCACGUGUGGCUUUUAACAGAACUCAGGGCUUGCUUUCAGAGAUCCUCCGAAAGGAAGAGGACCCCAAGACUGCAUCCCAGUCUUUGCUGGUAAACCUUCGGGCUAUGCAGAAUUUCUUGCAGUUACCGGAAGCUGAGAGAGAUCGAAUUUACCAGGAUGAAAGGGAAAGGAGCUUGAAUGCAGCCUCAGCCAUGGGUCCUGCCCCCCUGAUAAGCACACCGCCUAGCCGCCCUCCCCAGGUGAAAACAGCUACUAUUGCCACUGAGAGGAAUGGGAAACCAGAGAACAAUACCAUGAACAUUAAUGCUUCCAUUUACGAUGAGAUUCAGCAGGAAAUGAAGCGCGCUAAAGUUUCCCAAGCUCUGUUUGCAAAGGUGGCAGCAACCAAAAGCCAGGGGUGGCUGUGUGAGCUGUUACGUUGGAAAGAAGAUCCUUCUCCAGAAAACAGGACCCUGUGGGAGAACCUGUCCAUGAUCCGAAGGUUCCUCAGCCUCCCUCAGCCCGAACGCGAUGCCAUUUACGAACAGGAGAGCAACGCGGUGCAUCACCAUGGCGACCGGCCGCCCCACAUCAUCCACGUGCCCGCAGAGCAGAUUCAGAGCCCCUCUCCCACCACCCUUGGGAAAGGAGAGUCUGGAGGCGUUUUCUUGCCAGGCCUGCUGACCGCCACACCGUGGCGCGGUGCUGCUCCGCAGCAACCGCAGGCGCAGGCGCAGCCGCAGCCGGCGCCGCCCCCCGCACAGGCGCAGGCGCAGCAGCCCCCGAGUGGGCCCCGGCUCCCGCCGCGGCAGCCCACCGUGGCCGCGCCCGCGGAGGUGGAGGACGAGAGCCGGCAGAAGGCGCGGCCGCGGACCAAGAUCUCGGUGGAGGCGCUGGGCAUCCUGCAGAGCUUCAUCCAAGACGUGGGCCUGUAUCCGGACGAGGAGGCCAUCCAGACUCUGUCCGCCCAGCUGGACCUGCCCAAGUACACCAUCAUCAAGUUUUUUCAGAACCAGCGGUACUAUCUCAAGCAUCACGGCAAGCUGAAGGACAACUCGGGCCUGGAGGUGGACGUGGCCGAGUACAAGGAGGAGGAGUUGCUUAAGGAUUUGGAGGAGAGUGUCCAAGACAAAAAUGCUAACACCCUUUUCUCGGUGAAACUAGAAGACGAGCUGGCGGUGGAAGGGAACACAGACAUUAACGCCGACGUCAAAGACUGAGAUGAAAGUCGUCUUUUUCUCCAUCAGCAUCCCUGAUAUUGACUAACGCACGGAAAGUCCACCCUGUACUCGCUCAGCAAACCUUGUCCAUUGUUUGGCCAAUGAAUCUUCAGAAACUUGCACAAACAGGAAAGUCGAGAAAGGAUGAUACAGACUGCACUAAAUGUUUUACUCUCUUUUACAAACUGCUUGGCAGCCCCAGGUGAAGCAUCGGAUUGUUUGGUAUUAAAAAUGAAAGUUUGUGUUCACGGAACACACCCGAGUGUGUACCCCGUAAGCAUGAUACCAGUGAUUUUUUUUUUUAAUUAUUAUGAUUCUGGAGCCUCAAACAAGGAUUAUAACUUCUGUGAUUAUGAUUUCCUUCCUUUAAUUAUUUCUGUAACACUUCACACUGAUCUUUGGAAACUCGCCCCUUGUUUUAAAAAAAAAGAAAAAAAAGUUUGUUACUCUAUUGUAUGUUACAAAAGAACUAUAGACUGUGGAAUGCAGUUUAAAGAUGACAUAUGCCAACAAAUGCCUUGUAUUAUAUGGCACUGCCGUAAUUCAAAUUUGUUUUUAUUUUGGAAAUAAAAGUUCACUGUAAUUGUUUUUUUCAUUCUCAUUGUUACAUGAUUUUUUAAAAAAUGAAAAGAAAAUGUGAAACACAAUUUAGUCCUCAUUAUUUAUUUGUAGAUCCUGCAGCAUCAUGUUGUAAUUAAUUUUUUGGAAGUUUCCGUUAAAUGUAAUAUUGCUUCUCUUGUUACCAUACUGAUUCUUUUCUAUUUAUAAAUGUAUUUUGAUGGGCAGUAAAACAAAGUGUCUUAAAAGUUUUAAAUAGAUAAAAUGUGCUUUACACAGUUGCCUAUAAAAAGUGCUCUAUGUUAUCCAAGCAAUUCAUACUAUAAGCUUCACUCUUAUUGUUGUAUGCAAUUUUUACGAUCAUGCAAAUAAGCUUAGGUAAAUAAAACUAAUAGAUCACCUUAGAAGAUUAUGCAAUUAAUGUGAAAAUAAUUGAUGUUUGCAAUGUGUCUUCCUUUGGUUUACAAUCAAUUUUAAAGCUACAUCUGUAUAAAAUUUCUGUAUAAAGGUGUUAUUUCUUUUUUAUGAGUUUAUGGCUAUGAAAACACCAGCUAUUUUGUUACAGCUGGAUGUUUUUAUAAGUGUAUCACAAUUUUCUUUAUGCAGAAAUGUUCUGAUUAGGAGUGGUUAUUGACUGUAACUACACAAUUAAAAUUGUUUGUAUGGUAUGACAUGGUAGGGUUUGUCUGCUUAUGUGAAGUAACUUAGAGUCCAAGACGGCCCUCUCAGUUAGAUGCAUGUUAAUACUUUCUUGAUGAUAUUUUACAGAAAAAGAGCAAUUGAAAAGUCACUUGAAACACUGUAAAUUUAAAUCACAAACACAUGCUCAUUUUUUAAGUUUAACAGUGAAGAUGA